AUGAAGCAGCUCUGUUCCAAGGCGCUGCUGUACAUCAGGGAGAUUGUUUGUGCCCGGGCAUCACCAAGCCAGCUAUCCGCCGUACGACUCAAGCGGAUCUCGGGUCUGAUCUACGAGGAGACCCGCGGGGUGUUGAAGGUUUUCCUGGAGAAUGUGAUCAGGGACGCGGUCACCUACACCGAGCACGCCAAGCGCAAGACGGUCACUGCCAUGGAUGUGGUGUACGCUCUGAAACGACAGGGCCGCACUCUCUACGGGUUCGGUGGCUAAAUAACUACCUCCUUUAUUCCAACAC